UUCAUUUCUUGAAGGAGAAGACUUCGGAGCUAAUUGAUGGAAGCCCAUUUCUUAAGUCAAGUCAAUUUCAGUGCUCUCUCUCUCUCUCUCUCUCUCUCUCUCAAGUUUCACCAAAAGCCUGUGAACCACAAGAUUUCCAUUGAAAUUUCAUCAAAUUGGAUUGUUUCACAAGCUUCUUACUCUUUAAUCGACUCCACCGUUUCGUUGUUGACGUGAUUCCAGAUUCAACCUGUGAACUAUAUCACGGAUUUCUGGUUUUUAUCUAGACAAAGUUGAGUUAACUUGUUAACUCAACUGGAUUCUGGCUACAUAUCGAUGAUCUAGAUCUGGAAUGUUUCAUACAUAGUUGUUUUGCCACCUGAACGUUUUGAGCUAGAAAAGAAGGUUGAAUUGGCUGAAAUUCAUGUUUUUAAGCCUUUUAUGAAACUGAGAAGUUGGAGUUUUGUAGUUUUCCUUUGGAGUGUGAAGCAUUUAAAUUAAAAUGUCUCUCACAUUUGUCUCUCACAUGCGCAAAUGAGAAUUGUGGAUUUUCGCAGUCGUUGAGUUUUGGUUUUAGAUGAUUAUUUGUUUCUCUGUUGACUGAACUAAUAAGAAAUGAAGCGAAGGAACACACAGUAUAAAUCCUACAGCCGAUGGAAGCUGAAGCUUUUCGUCAUUCUUUUGAUAAGCUUUUGUUUUGGAAGCCUAGUAUUGUUGCAGACACAUUAUAGUCGAAUUAAGAUGUUUAUGUCGUUGCCACCUCCAUUUGUUCAAAAGCCUAAGAUUGCUUUUCUGUUUAUUGCACGGAACCGACUACCCUUGGAUGUGGUCUGGGAUGCUUUUUUCCAGGGGGAAAAGGAGAACAGAUUCUCUAUUUUUGUUCAUUCUAGGCCCAGGUUUCUGUUCAGCAAGGCAACAACAGGAUCUACGUUUUUCUAUGGCCGCCAAAUUAAUGAUAGUAUACAGGUAGAUUGGGGAGAAGCAACUAUGAUCCAAGCAGAGCGUGUUCUGCUAAAAAAUGCACUUGCAGAUUCUUUUAAUGAUCGAUUUGUUUUUGUAUCAGACAGUUGCAUACCUUUGUACAACUUUAGCUACACUUAUGAUUACAUCAUGUCAACAUCAAAUAGUUUUGUAGACAGUUUUGCUGAUACAAAAGAAGGUCGCUACAAUCCGAGAAUGGAUCCCAUUAUUCCUGUCCAAAAUUGGAGAAAAGGGUCUCAGUGGGUUGUGCUAACCAGAAAGCAUGCUGAGGUUGUAGUGGAAGAUGAAACAGUCUACCCAGUAUUUAAGCAGCAUUGCAGAAGGAGAUCACUACCUGAGUUUUGGCGCGAUCAACCUUUUCCUGCAGAUGCAUCUAAGGAACAUAACUGUAUAUCCGAUGAACAUUAUGUUCAGACAUUACUGGCACAAAAGGGACUUGAAGGUGAAAUCACACGGAGAACACUGACACAUACUUCAUGGGACCUUUCUUUCUCCAAAGAUUUUGAAAGGCGUAAUUGGCAUCCUGUGACUUACAAGUUAUCAGAUGCUACUCCCAUGCUUAUACAAUCAAUAAAGGAGAUAGACAAUAUUUAUUAUGAGACUGAAUACCGACGAGAAUGGUGUAGCAGUAAAGGGAAACCAGCUCCAUGCUUCCUUUUCGCAAGGAAGUUCACUCGGUCUGCUGCUCUCAAGCUUCUUUAUACGUCUAUCUUGGGAGUUUCAGUAAAGGAAUAAGAAAAUCAUAGCAGUAGUGACAUGCAAGUGCUUGUUGUUGCAAGUUCAACACGAUCAAAAUGACUGGUGAUAAUCCAUCCACUAAGAAAGCUGUAACCUUCAGUGUAAAAUAAAUAGGUAGAGCACAAAUGAAUGGUGUUAACUUGAUUUUGUUCUCCUCAUUUUCCUGUAUUAUAUAACAAUAAAGAAUGAAACCACAAAUUUGUGUUGCCUCA